CUAUGGCCCGCAUCAUUGACCUGGUACCCUGGGAUGACGGCUCCACCCACGUAUAUGCCUCCCCCGCCAUCCUGCUCCCCAUGGAGCGACAGCGCCACCCACUGGCCGGUGUGAAACAGCAACUCUACCACCCGGCUCUGCCCACGCUGCGCCGCAUGGACAUGGACACUGUCAGGGCCUGCCUUCCGGACGAGCACUGCCAGUCCUCCACCUACUGCCGCAAAGAUGAGUUUGACAACGCCCACUUCACCCUCCUCGGGAUCCCCAACAAGCCCCUGCAGUGCCUGGACAUCACGGCCACCGGCCGGAGGAUGCACGACAGGUGCCUGGAAGGGAAGCUAGCACCCAUCGCACCGGGCAUUAAUCGGGUGGACUGGCCCUGCUUCACUCGCGCUAUCGAGGACUGGUCCCGUUUUGUGUCCUCAGCUGGAGAAUUCAGACUGCUCUGCCUGAACAAAAGGGUGGAAGGUUUUAGCGGCUACGCGGUGCGGUACUUGAAGCCUGAAUUAACCCAGAACUGGCGAUACUGCCUCAACCAGAACCCCAGCCUGGACCGAUACGGACAGAAGCCGCUGCCUUUCGAUUCCCUCAACGCCUUCCGACGCUUCGGCUCCCACUACAGCCGCGUCAACUAUCUGACUCCCUGGCAUUAAUCCCUGGAAAGGAGGCUGGCU